AUGAAGUUCUCCAUCGUCUUCGCCGGCCUUUUCGCCUCCACCGUCAUCGCCACUCCCCAGGGCAAUGCCACCCCCAACACCAUGGGCGCUCUCGAGAAGCGUGCUUCUUUCCCCAUUCCCGCUUCCAAGGGCUCCGUCACCUACAAGAGUGUCCAGUACGUCUCCGGCACCUUCGACGGUGGCAUGAAGACCUACGGCCGUGGCGUCAAGUGCACUGGCCAGGUUGAGGGUGGCGACAAGGACGCCGUCUUCAUCCUCAAGAACGGUGCCACCCUCAAGAACGCCAUCAUUGGCGCCGACCAGAUCGAGGGUAUUCACUGCGAGGGCUCUUGCACCAUCGAGAACGUCUGGUGGAAGAAGGUCUGCGAGGAUGCUCUCUCCCUCAAGGGUGACGGUAACGCUCUCAUCAAGGGCGGUGGUGCCACUGGUGCUGAAGACAAGGUCAUCCAGCACAACGGUCUCGGUACCGUCACCAUCGACGGCUUCACCGUUGUUGACUUCGGUAAGCUUUACCGAUCUUGCGGUAACUGCAAGAAGAUGGGCACUCGCAACGUUGUCGUCAAGAACGUCAAGGCCUACAACGGAAAGGUCCUGACUGGUAUCAACUCCAACAAGGGUGACGUCUCCACCAUCACUGGUACUUGUGCUUCUUCCGUCAAGGACAUCUGCGUUGAGUACAAGGGUACCACCCCUGGUAACGAGCCCAAGAAGAUUGGCUCUGGUCCCAGCAAGUCUUGCAAGUACUCUUCCGUCAAGUCUUGCUAA